CCACACUCCUUCCUUUCCCAAUUCGACUGCCAUUGUCAAGACUCAAGACCAUCUCCAGCAGACAAGAAAUUUCUAGUUCUUAUAUUCACAACCAACCAUCAAAAUUGGCUGAAAGUGUAUCUUCUGUAGAGGGAAUUGAAGAAGGUUGUGUCCAGAGAAAUUACUUACUGCCAGGUUUUUGCCCAAGGAUAGUUUGAUGACGAAGAAGCCAAUCCGCCAAUGUUGACUGAUGGAGAUGGCUAUUGUAACCAGGGGAGAGGACAAAGACCUUGAUCUUAGAACGACUUCACCUGAUGACUUUACCGAGCCCGAAUGGUCAACCUUCUAAGGACUCAAAAUUCUGAUAUCAAAUUCUAGACACCUGCUAUGACGGACAUAUGCACAGUGGGACUUGUUGUAUCAGACAGGUAUUGACAGGGGAUUUCUAUUUAUCAAGCAUGAUCCUUGUAAGGGGGUAUAUUUACUCUUUGUUAUGAAUCAGCAACAGUGGUAUUCCUCACUCGUGGGAGAACUUGAAAUUCUAUCAAAUGGUAAUAUUAGAUUAGCGAUCAGCAGAAGAACCUUCGGAGGUAGAAGAAAUUGAUGAAUAUGCAGAACCAGUUGUAGCUGUAUAUAUCUUCGUUGGUCUUCCAGUCGUAAGCUUGAGGAUGCAUGCUGACCUCCCCCUUCAAGAGGGAUUUGAAGAAGGGUACUGAGAAUUUACUUACUGCCAGGUUUUUGCCCAAGUAAAAGUUGAUGUCGAAGAGGCCAAUGUUGACUGAUGGAACCAGGGGAGAGAGUAGAAAGACCUUGCUCAUAGGACGACUUCACCUGAUGACUUUGUCGAGCCCAAAUGGUCAACCUUCUAAGGACAAGCAUCUGACCGAUGUCAUCUACGCGGCAGAGUUGCUUAGUGUUUAUCGUCGUUGAAGCUUGAGGAUGCAUACUGAUGUCUCUCGAGAGGGAACUGAAGAAGGUUAUGUACAGAGGAACUACUUACUACCAAGCUUUGCCUGGGAGGAAAAAUUCGAUGUCGAAGAGGCCAAUGUUGACUGUUGGAGGUGGCUAUUAGAACCAGGGGAGAGGAAAGGCCUUUGAUAAUAGGACAACUUCACCUGAUGACUUUGACGAUCCCAGAUGGUCGACCUUAUAAGAAAAGACAAGUCAAAGGAACCAUGCGGGGGUAAGAUGAGACAAUAUUGAGGUGGACUCUUCGCAAUCAUAUAAUUGGUGUAACAUUUGAAUACCUGAUUAACUUUGCUUAGGCAAGGCAAUACCCAAAUCGGUGGGGAAUACCGUGAACACGUUGGAUAGUUCUCCUCAGUUUGGCAUUUCUUCAUAAACCAGCUCCACAAUGUCCACAUAAUAUAGAUCUUCUUCUAUGAAGGAGGUGAGGGUCGAACUAACGACCGUGGUUCGUUGGGUAUUCAUUGUCAAAUUGAAACAGAUUAGACGCCAAGCAAUGCAGCUGUCUAACACACCCGAAUAAGGUAAUGAGACUAGAUGCAUGAACCUCAGCGCUGCUAGCUGGUCAUGCCGGAAAUGGUAAAGAUAGCCCAACUUUAAUAAGCCUUACUGAGGUGGUGAUAUCAACUGCUCAGCUAAUUAAGCUUCCUGCUUUCAUUACUCCAGUACGUCUAUAAAUACCCUAAUCCAAUCUUCUCUUCACUGCAAUAUAUGUUUCAAGAUGUUUCCGGUUUCUCGUAAACUACCACGCGUCUCCGAUAGGAAUUCAGAUGAUAAAGCAUCAAAGCCGUCAUCGGUCAUAGCGAACAACAAUGAUCUUUUAAUACAGAUACUCUUGUGUUUGCCAGUGAAAUCUUUGAUGUCAUUCAAGUCUGUAUCAAAAUGUUGGUUGUCUAUCAUCUCAGAUCCAUUUUUCAUUCACAAGCAUUCACGACAAACCCGUCUUCCAGUUUCCGGAUUAUUCUUGCCUGCUACAAAUGCUGAAUUCAAAUUCAUCUUCCUUGACGGGAGAAAAGUCACUAGUGGCGAACGCAUUAAAAUUCUCGACUUUGAUGUGAAUAACCCAACAGGUUUGAAGAUAGAGCAAUCAUGUAAUGGUCUUCUCUGUUGCAGUAACUGGAGAUGGAGUCGACAUAACCGAACGUAUUACAUCAACAAUCCCUCCACAAAACAAAGUAAAGUAAUUCCAAAACCUCAAUCUACAGGAAAUGGUUUAUUUGUGGUGUGUAGUAUGAGUUUAGCUUUCAACCCAUUUAAAUCACCUCACUACAAAGUUGUCUGUGUUUGUGGAAAUAGUCCAAACCAAUACCAAAUUCAUAUUUUCGAUUCAAAGACAGAUUCUUGGAAGAUAUCUGCUGGUGAUCUCCUCCCUGCAUCUUAUGAUACAUUUUCUAGGCCAGGUGUGUUUUGGAAUGGCUCGUUACAUUGGAUUAGCGCAAGUGAGUUUAGCAGUUGGAUUAGCAAAAGUAAGUCUUUUGUUUAUUUCGAUAUCGAGCAAGAACUAGUAAAAGAACUACCAGUGCCACCAUUACCAUUUAAUGAUGAUUGGCUUGCAAGGAAGAUGGGAUAUUUUGGCGAGUACAAGGGUCAUUUGCAUCUUGUACCAAUUUACAAUCAGAGCUCCACAUUCUUCGACAUACUGGAAAUGGACAUUGAGUACAGGUUCUGGAAUGUAAAAUACCGGGUCGAUAUGGAAAUUCUUGCGACUUCAUACCCCGAGAUGAUUCGAUAUGAUAAUGACAGUAACAAUGUAGAUGGAGUAGCAGCAUCCUUGUACAAUUUUGAGUUCUCUAUCUUGCUUAUUCGUGAAGAAGAAAAAGAAGAAGAAUCAAGUCUGGUAAUCCACCUACCGGAUAAGACUAUUUGGUACAAUUUAAAGGAAAUGAGAUUCACCAAAACACACGAUUUGUCGCCAAGUCUUCUUGGGCAGGGUUCGAUACAAUAUGCCUGGUUCGACGCUCAUCAAUAUAUUGAGUCACUUGCUCUUGUUUAGCAACUCGUUUAGAAAUCAAAUCAAGUGAUGAAAUAUGUAUUUUUUUUAAUUUCUAAUAGUGUUCUGAUGCGCUUUAACUUUUGAAUGUCAGCUCACCUUGUAUAAUCAUUGUGCAGUGAUCCGCCGGAUUGAAGUAAAGUAUAAAGUAGCAUAACAAGAUAUAU